AUGCCUGCCGCUCCUCAACUGCCCAUCGAGUCUCUGCCGGCCUGGGCCACCCUGCAGGAUGUGAAGCUUCAACAGGUUGGCAUGCGCCACAUCGACGGCAAAGGCUAUGGGCUUGUUGCCGAGAAUGCAAUAGAUGCCUCGGAAAAUGUCAAUGAUGCUUUUGAAAUUGUGAGAAUUUCCGCCGAGCUAGUUUUGUCAAGAGAAGCUGUCGAGGAGUAUGCCAAGGUGGAUCGGCACUUUAAACAACUCAUAGAGACCCUGGGCCGAAAGUCGGCCCGACUCGAGAUCAUGCUCUAUCUAUUGGUGCACUUAAUCUCGGCAAGACACACCGGGGGAAGCACAGGGCGUUGCAUCUAUAUCGCAGGACUGACACCUACCGCGCUGCAGGAUGCCCUGGAAGCCAAAAUCACCGCACUAGAGAGUGAAUUCGAUACGCUGCGAGAUGAAUCAGCAGUCCUCCCCUUUUGGAAUCAACUACUGUGGGAGGCGGACGGAGCAAUGCUGUCGGAUUGGUUUCUCGUUGAUGCUUGGUAUAGAUCUAGAUGCCUCGAGCUCCCCCAAGCUGGCCACGCCAUGGUCCCUGCGCUUGACAUGGUAAAUCACUCGACAACGAAUGCGACAGCCUACUACGAAGAAGAGGCGAGCGGUGAUGUAUCACUCCGGAUCCGGCCGGGCGUCAGCGUUGCUGCGGGAGAUGAGAUCAACAUCUCGUACGGCGACAGCAAGUCGGCGGCCGAGAUGCUCUUCAGCUACGGCUUCAUCGACCCGGACAGCAAGACGCGGCAGCUGACUCUACAUCUGGACAGCUUCCCGGACGACCCCCUCGCCAUGGCAAAGCAGCGCGUGUUUGGCGGCGCUCCCGUUGUCACGCUCCGCCAGACCGAGGCGGACGACGACGCCGCCAGCGGCAAGAUGUGGAAAAGUGACUUUGCGUACCUAAUGGUUUUGAAUGAAGAAGACGGGCUUGAAUUUCGCAUUCUACAGGACGACGCAGGCGACAGACAGCUGAGAGUCUUUUGGCAAGAAGAGGAUGUGACGGGGCGAGCGGACGAUUUUGAGACGCUACUCCAAGAUCACCCUCUGCACGCAUUGUUCCAGCUCAGGGCCGCGACUGUAGUACAGGAAUGCGCGGCGGACCAGCUUCUCCAGCUGGCAGCCGCCCCAAAUGGUGGACAACUCGCGGCCUUGGUUGCAGCAGGCAUCAUUGAUCAGCAACAUGCGGACUUGGUCUCGACUCUCAAGAACAUUGAGCGGUCCGUACUCGAAGCCGUAUUGAAAAGUUUAGAAGAAGAGCUUAUGGCGCACGAAAGUGUAGUGGCGUAUUUCGGGUCGAUGGAAGAUGACCAAAACCAGUUAGCAGAGGACGACUCAAUCGCGCUAGCUCAUGAAGAAGACGACUUUAGCUAG